CCAGCACCGUCCCGCCCCCUGUCCUUAUUCUGUCUGCUCCUCUUGUUGAGCUGAAUGGAAGUAACCAAAGCAAGAGGUUGAGCGAAGCUUUAUAGCUUCUUUCCAACUUUAGUGCAACCAAAUCUAAUCGUAUUUGCGCACGUUUACACUUGUUUAGAAACGAAAUUAUUAAUCAACGCUAUUCGUGCUAUUUCUCUCGUUUUGAUUGGAAGUUUAUAUACUUUUUCUCGGUGCUUAUUUUCGAGGCUGGUUACUUGAUUUCAGGAAUCUCUAAUGACCACGCUGACAGAAACACUGUCUCACACUUAAGAAGUGAGAUAAACACCAUAAAUACCCACUUUCCACGGCUUCGAGGGAAAAUGAAGUGGAGCAUAUGUAUCAUUAUCAUUGUCAUAUCGGUAGAAUCUGCGCAAGGGGGAACGUAUCUCCAGGAGCCCUGUGCCGGACGGGACUGCAGUCGAGGAUGUUCAUGUAUCCCAGAGAAGGGCAGCAGGGGUCAACCAGGACCGUUGGGUCCACAGGGCCCGGUCGGGCCACAGGGGUUUGUGGGAAGCCAGGGGGCACCGGGACCCAAAGGUGAAAUUGGCCACAUGGGUCUCAGGGGCCCAUCUGGACCUAAGGGAGACAAGGGUCCAAUAGGAGUGCCCGGCUUUUCAGGAACAGAUGGCAUUCCGGGUCACCCAGGGCAAGAGGGAGGACGGGGCCUUCCAGGGCUGGAUGGCUGCAAUGGCACCAUCGGCGAUCCAGGUCCUAGGUCACUGGAUGGGUAUCCAGGCCCACCAGGUAUUCCUGGUCCAAAGGGUCCCAAAGGCCAAAAAGGAGAACCUGUCUAUGUUGGACAGGACCAUGGCAUCAGGGGGGAGCCUGGUUUACCUGGACUGGAUGGCCUUGCCGGUCCUCGUGGUACCAUUGGACUACCAGGUCUUAUCGGACCCCAAGGCCCAGACGGAUUUCCAGGACAGCCUGGCCCUCCAGGGCCACCCGGCCUCACAGGAAGCCCUGGAUCUGGUUUCAAGGGGGAAAGAGGAGAAAAGGGGGAUCCUGGUCUACCUGGACCCCCAGGAAUGCAGGGGGACACAACACUAGUAGCUGCACCUACAAGUACCAUCUUCAAAGGACCCAAGGGUGACCAAGGCUUCAGGGGGUUUCCAGGUGUGCCCGGAUCUCCAGGACUGCCGGGACCUUUCGGAUAUCCUGGUGAGCCAGGCGAGAAGGGCAUCCUUGGGUUGCCUGGAGGACGGGGUGAUCCUGGCUUGUCUGGACAGCACGGACCUGCCGGCAGAAAGGGAAUAGCAGGAACUCCAGGAUUCCCUGGAGAGCCAGGAUUUCCAGGAGUUAAAGGAGAGCAGGGAGAUCCUGGCUUCCCCGGACCUCCUAGCUACCAUGUUGGACCACCUAUUCAAGGUCCCCUUGGGGACCCGGGCAUCGAUGGUGCCCACGGUCCACCUGGUGAUAUGGGACCCAUUGGCUUCCCAGGCCCAUCGGGGCUACAAGGGGCCCCUUCUUUGCACUCAGGUCCCCAGGGACAACAGGGCUUCCCAGGUCUGAAAGGGCUCAAAGGGGAGAAGGGAAGCCCGGGACAGUCAGCCUAUGGCCCUGAGGGUUUGCCGGGAAGCAUUGGAUUGCCAGGCCUGGGUGGGCCUCCAGGUGCACCGGGUCUACCAGCGUACCAUAGACCGCGCCCGAUUGGAGAGUCUGGACCAAGAGGGACACCAGGGCUGCCAGGAAGCAAAGGAAUUAAAGGAGAGCAAGGGGACUGCAGUUGUUUUGGAGGCGGGACUCUUGGACUCCAAGGACUUCCAGGAGAACAGGGUCCGUCUGGGGCACCUGGAUCAUUUGGCCGGAAGGGGGAUGCAGGGAACCCCGGCUCACAGGGGUUCUCCGGACAUUCUGGUCCAAAGGGUCUCCCUGGCCCAGCAGGUCACCCUGGCCGAAAGGGGGAGAAGGGAGACUCCUUUGUCCCCUUUGGUCGGGCUGAGAAAGGGGAAUUGGGUUUUCCGGGACUGCGUGGAGCUCCAGGAGAUGCUGGGAGACCUGGAAGAGAUGGUUUUCCAGGGUCUCCUGGGCUUAGAGGACCACCUGGUGACCGCAGCCUUAGGGUCGUUGGAGACAGAGGUUUUCCUGGUAUUCCUGGAGCUAAGGGGAGGCCAGGUGCUGUGGGGCAGCCUGGCAUUUGGUACCCGGGUGUCAUAGGACCCAGAGGACCGCCUGGUGAACCAGGACUUCAUGGCCUUCCUGGACAACCUGGGAUACCGGGGCCCAAAGGUGACUGUUGCUGUGGGCUGGCCAGGGUUAGUGCGGCCGCUUACACUGAGGGAGGAAUGCCGCUACCCUGCCUGAUCUCAGGUGAGGACGGUGACCCAGGACCUCCCGGAUUUCCUGGGAAUUCAGGUCAGAAAGGUCAGCCUGGUUUCCCUGGGGCAGUGGGCCGACCAGGGUUUGAUGGUUCGAAGGGUGAGAGAGGAGACCAAGGCUUUGGAGGUCAGCCUGGACCAAAAGGUUUCCCAGGGCCCAGAGGAGAUGCAGGGGCCAGAGGACAGCCAGGUGAAAAUGGCCGUCCCGGGACCCAAGGGAAAGCUGGUCUGCUGGGCUUCAGGGGGGACAAGGGACUGCCCGGGGAAACCAUGGGGGCCUUUCCUGGAGGCCGAGGUCUGCCUGGACUUCCAGGAGAAUUAGGGGACAAGGGACAGCCUGGCAUCCCUGGCCUACCUGGAGGAACUGGUUUCGAUGGGCGUGUGGGACUUCCUGGAACCAAAGGACAACGAGGUGCCGAUGGAGCCAUCGGAAGCCCAGGCUUACGUGGCCCCCCAGGAGAAGGCACCUCGAAGGGGAUAGUAGGACCUCCUGGACCAGUGGGAAUCAGGGGUAAUCAAGGACCUCCAGGCUGUGAAGGUGAGAAGCCGUGUCCCACCGGAGACAUGACACUACGUGUCUCACCUGCUUUUUGCGCUGAUGUAGCUCUUUGGGCUUCUGCGCACACAAAUGAGCAUGUAGAGCUGCCUGCUCUGUCUCAGCAAAACCAUGAGUACAGGCACCAUGUUCUGUUCUGGGACACCAUGGGACAAGAAGGUCAAGGCUAAAUUCAUUGUGUGACAGACCAGGAGUUAAGAUCCUGUAGUUCUUAUUCAAUUGAAUGUGUGUGUGUGUGUGUGUAUGUGUAUGUGUGUAACAAUCCUCUACAGACAGUCCCUGAAGGCACAAGAUGCCAUACAAAUCCAGUUCAGACUUGAUGGAAGCCUGUUUAAUAUUAGAUGUCUUCAGUCAAGAAUGAAGACGACCAUCUGUAAUGUCCAAGAGCUGCAAUAUGCGGAUGACUGCGCUUUCCUUGCCCACAGUGCUAGAGCUAUGCAGCAUACCCUGGACAUUGUGUCUUCAGUGUACCACUCACUGGGUCUGCAGAUUAAUACC